UAUCAAAGCCAAACCACAGGUUUCCUAGCAACCGCUAACACUUGCCCACACGAAACGUGGUAAACUUGUGGAAACCCCAUUUUAGGUUAGACCAAAAUCGUGUAUUUCUAAGUAAACUCGAUGUUUUAGCGAUACGAAGUGUAAAUACUGAAUAAGUGACAAUUCUUUGUGUUUCGUUCUAAUCGCUUUCGUGCAAACAAGCGAUUGACUUCCAAGGCUCAGGCAUUGUGGUCUGCCGUGGAGAAGGAAGAUGAUUGUUGAAAAAUUCAAAUUGACUUGUGAUAGACUUUUAUCGUACCAGCAGCUGGCUUGUUGUUACAAUUACACUGCCAUCCCUCUGCGUGGCGGUGACAUUCUUCUUUACAGUAAUUCGGACGUUGAGAAGACAUUUCGGCUCAGUGGCCAUUAUGGCGAAAUCACCUCCAUGACUUUUGGAAAAGGGAAGUCACCUGUCCUUCUCUGUUCUGCCUCUGCUGAUUAUAUUAUUGUCUGGAAUGUGGAAGUGUGCCUGAGCAGACUCACCCAAGGUAGUUUUGCAUCUGGAACAGUUAUUGCAAGUUCACUGGGUGAAGUGGUCCAUCUUUCCUUCUGUUUCUCUGAUGGGAGAGUGGUUGCAUGCUCUGGAGCCGCCGCAUAUAUUCUCAGCUCACAGAAACAAGAAAGGAUUUCGACAUUGACUGGUCAUUUGGGACCUGUUACCUCAGCAGAGUUUUGUCCAUGGGAUAAACACAUUCUUGUCACCACAUCAGAGGACCGAACGUUCAAGCUAUGGGAUCUACACACUGAAACCGCUCUCUACCAAUCAUUUGUCCUGUCAGCUUCACCACUACUCAGUGUGUUCUUCAUGGUGAAAAAGAAUUACAUGAUCACUGGCUCCACUGACGGGCAGGUUUGGUGUUUUUCUUUCAGCAAUACAUUUUCUUGUCAGCUUGUGACCAAAAUAGACCUUGACAAGAGUGAACGAAGACAUCAAGCAGGAGUGGCUGAAAAGUCCUCUGAAGUGGACAUUUCAAAACCUGUUCUCAAAAUGGCUUCUUUUGGCUCAUCUAAUGACAACACUAAUGCAGAGAAAAGGGACGAGAGCUGGUUAUGUAUUGCAAGUACCGACGGUUUGUAUAUCGUCAAUCUGGCUACAUCUGAACUGGUAACAGUUCUACAUUUCACAGACUACCCUAAUUUGAGCAUCACAAUGGCUGGGUCUUGGGUCUUCUCUGACAAGUCUAACAACUCUAUUCUGUUUUUAGUGAGCUCUUUAUUUACUCCGUGUGUGAGCCUGUUGGACUUCUGUUUGGGUGACGCAGAAAGAAACCAGGCUGGAAGUCAAGGCUUUUCAGUAUUUCCAAGUUCCUCACCACUACUGGAGUCUCCUCUCGUUGCUGAGUUCAAGAAGAAGGAGCCCAAUCAUGUGAAGAAAAAAGGUGGCAUAAAAGAACAGCCGCUUGUUUUCCACUCAAAGGUGAAAUCAUCUGGUUACACAAGCUCCCCAAGAAUGGUUUUGUUUUCACCCAAAUCAACUGCACAGAAAAGUAAGUCCACCAUGAAGCCCAAAAAGAAAGGUUUACUCCUCAAAGAUUACCCAGAAGACAUUGCAGCACCUACUGUUCUUCGUGUCCGUCUGAGUAUUACAAACAAGCCAAUCUUUUGCCUACAGUAUUCAGGUGAUGGAAAGCAAAUCCUGUGUGGUCUUGGUGACAACUCUGUCUUAUUGUACAAGUCUUCCCUUACUGGCAAUCCAACUGUUUAUACAGGACAUGAUAAGCCAGUGAGCAGUGUGAGCUGGAGCCUCAGCAGACAGUGUUGGUUAAGUGCAUCACAUGACCAGACUCUGAGGCUUUGGACUCAUGACAUCCCAGAGCCGGCUGUCAUCAUGGGAAAAAAUAUGUUCUCUAAAUUUAUCAAAGCUGCCCAGUUUUAUUACUUGGACAAAUUUUUGCUUCUAGCAUCGGGAGACUCAAUACACUUAUAUUUGUAUCAUGUGGAUGUCUCACACGAUGACAUCAAAAGAUAUCAGCAGCGGAGUUUUGUCCAGUUGUCAAGUAGCUUUUCAACAUCUUCGGGAGCAGAUAUUACAGACUUGUCUGCUAUUAAUGAUUUCUUUUCCUACAUUGUUGUGGCAUGUGCUUCCGAUCGUUCCAUUCAAGUCUUUGACAUGAACAAAGGUGAAGUCAUUGCAGAGCUGCCUGAUGUUCACAGCAGAGCCGUCCACUCCAUCACCCAAAAUAAGGGCUCAAUGUUCAGCACGCAGGCACCAGAAUCCUAUAACCUCUUCCUCACAAGUGCAGUCACAGAUGGCGUGAAGUUGUGGGAUCUUCGCACACUCCGGUGCGUACGCCGCUAUGAAAACCAUUUGAACCGUUGUCAUUCCUGUUCUUCCAGCAUUUCGCCAUGUGGUCGAUUCAUAGCAUGCGGCUCAGAGGACAAAUGUGUUUAUGUGUAUGACAUAAGAAGCAGCAGCUAUCUGCACAAGCUCCAGAGAGACUCCGAGACAGUGCUCAGUGUCGCCUUCAACCCUGGAACUCCACAGCUUCUGACCGGGACUCUGGAUGGGAAGAUAAGCGUGUUUGAUACUCGCAGUGGUCUCCGUCUGUCACAUAUCACGUAACAUCUCCAACAUGGUCAUGUAAUCACAAGAGGCUUUUGGAAAGGAUGUAGAAGUCCAACCUGGCCGUUAUCUAUUACUGAUGGUAUAUUGUUACACUGAACCAAAAUGUAAACGCAACACUUUUGUUUUAGCUCACAUUUAUUGUGAGCUGAACUCAAAAGAUCUAAAACUUUUUCUACAUACGUAAAAGGCCAUUUCCCUCAAAUAUUGUUCACAACGGUCUGUAAAUCUGGAAGUAUUUCUUAUUUGCUGAGAUAAUCCAUCCCACUUUACAGGUGCGGCAUAUCGAGAUGCUGAAUAGACUGCAAGAUUAUUGCACAGAUGUGCCAUAGGUUGACCGCAAUAAAACGUCACUCUAAAAUGUGCAGUCUUAUCGUACAACACAAUGGCAUAGAUGUCGUAGGUUCUGAGGGCGUGUACAAAAUGGCAUGUUGACUGAAGGAAUGUCCACCAGAGCUGUUGCCUGUGAAUUGAAUGCUCAUUUCUCUAUCAUAAGUCAUCUCCAAAGGCGUUUCAGACAAUUUGGCAGGACAGCCAAACGGCCUCACAACCACAGAACAUGUGUAACCACACCAGCCCAGGACCUCUACAUUCAUCAUGUUCACCUCGCAAGAUCGUCUGAGACCAGCCACCCAGGCAGCAGCUGCAAUAAUCGGUUAGGAUAACCAAAGAAUUUCUACACAAACUGUCAGAAAUUGUCUCAGGGAAGCUCAUCAGCAUGCCCAUGAUCCUUAUCGGGGCCUGAAUCCAGUAUGUCGUCGUAACCGACGAGUGGGCGAAUGUUCACAUUUGAUAGGAUUUGGCUCAUUGGAGAGGUCUUCUCUUCACGGAUCAAUCCCGGUUUUCAUUGUGAGGGCAGAUAGCAGACAGCAGACAUAUAUUAUGGACAACACAUACCAUACAACCACGAUGAGACCCUGAGGUCCAUCAUUUGGCCAUUCAUCCACGAUCACCUCAUUUUGCAUUAUGAUAAUGCAUGGCCCCAUCUUUCAAAGAUCUGUUCACAAUUCUUAGAAGCUGAAAAGAUUCCAGUAAAUCUUGCAUGGCCACCAUACUCUGCCAAUGUCAGCAACUUCGCACAGACAUUGAAGAGUAAACCAACAUUCCACAGGCUACGAUCAAUUCCCUGAUCAACUCUAUGCGAAGAUGUGUUGCACUGUGUGAGGCAAAUGGUGGUCACACCAGAUACUGACCGGUUUUGUGUAAUAAUCAUCUAAUCAGCAUCUUGAUAUGCUUAACUGGGGAUUAUUAUUAUUAUAUAAAGGGAUUAUCUCAACAAAGGAGAAAUUCUCAAAAACACAUAUUUAAACAGGUUAUAAUACUUGAGGGAAAUUGCCUUUUGUGUAUGUAGAAAAUUUUUAAGAUCUUUGAGUCCAGCUCACAAAAAAAUGGGAGUUCAAACAAGAGUGUUGCAUUUAUAUUUUUGUUGACUGUAUACCGUAAUUCCCGGCCUACAUAGUGCUUCUGGUUAUAAGCCUCAACCAGUACAUUUGUAAAGGAAAUACCAUUUGGUGCAUGCAUACGCCGCAGCUGUGUGAAAGCCACAAGGGCCCACAUUGAAUCCUACAUUGAAACAUGAGAUAUUUAAAAGAAAGAUGGUACACAGAGAGUUCGGCGCUGCCGCACUAAGGCUAGCGCCGCCACGCUAACAUUAGCGCUGUGCUAACAGGGUCAGUUAAAAAAAACAUACCGGUAAACAUCACAGAGACAGGGCAGUAACACGCUAGCACAGCGCUAACAACGCCAGACCGGUAAAAGUCACUUCCUCGGCACAUAUUCCACUUGCCUCACUCUUACCUUUUCCGCUCGAGUGCCCCCUUGCAGCCGUUAGAAAAAAUGCACAAAUUAGCUGCAUCACCACACAAACCACAGGGUUGAAAGCGUCAAAGUCAUGGCUUAUAGGCUGGAAAUUACGGUAUUCAUUUUAUUGUGUUCCCUGCUACAGCGGAUAUAUUAAGUCGAACAUCUCUAUUGAAAUGCCAGGUUUUCAUGAUAUAAAAAAAAAUGAGAACAUGAUAAACACUUUGCUAACUGUUUUUCACCAAUAACUGAUCUAUAACCUCUAGUACUAAAGUUGAAGAAGAAAAAAAACAGCCUUUUGAGAGGAAAAUAAAAAUAACUAGUAGGCAUUACCCAACAUUGUUUUGUACUGAUACUGGUAUCUGGAACUCUUCAUAAUUCCCUUCACCCUGAAUAAGGCCUUGGUUCCAGCUGAAGAAAAACAAUUCCAAAUUAUGAUGCUGCCAUCACCAUGCUCCACUAGGUAUGGUGAUCUUUGUUGCGUUUGACCCAGAAAUAUACAGUAUCUUUUGUUGAGGGCACACAGUGCAAACUUGGUUUCAUCAGCGAGUAACACAUUUGUGUACUUUUUCAUAGAUUUGAUGUGUGUUUUUGCACAAUUUUAAAACCAAUGUUGAACUUUUUGGCCAUGAUACUCAAACCAAAGCAAUCAAUGUCAAGAAAAUUUCACAAGGACAUGGAUAUUUAUUUGGGAUUAAUUAAAGGUACGCUCUGUCUUUUUACUUUUCCA